AUAUAAAGCCUUUUGUUACGGAAAACUACAAGUGGAAUGUAGUAACUAUCCGUUAAUAGUCACCGUCUCACAAAUGCGUUCAACAAUAUCAUAAAAAUCAAACGUCGUUGUGUAGGUGCACCCUUUGGGCGGCGUAUAAAGGCUCGGACUGCGAUUAUCGCCCUAUAUAAUCACACGAGCGUUCGCGGUACGCACUGCCUCCGGCCACAACGAAAUAAACAAAAAAAAAAUUGCAGUCUAAACCAUAUUAGUGAAAAUAAGUAGUGAAAACGUUUAAAAUACAACGCGCCUUUUUGGAUAAUUUCGAUGAUGGGCAGUUCCAUGGUGCUGUUGCUGCUGGCGCUCUCGGGCGCGCUGGCUGCGUCGACGGUACGGCGACAAGUGUACUACGACGACACGGUGGAAGUACCCCAUAAGCGAGCCGCGCUGGUGUUGGACCGGCUACUGGUGGCGCUGCAGAGUGCGCUGCGUGAGGACAGCAGCGCGCGGCGAUUCAACCGCAUCGACUCCAGUGGCCCGAGGACCGCGCCGCUCCGUGUCGAGGAAGACUUCAAUGACCUGGGAGCGCUACAUCGUCGUGACGAUGGCGUGAACGGUCGAGCGAUUCAAUGUUACUUCAACCCCGUCACUUGCUUCUAACACAACAGCUAAAUGCCAACAAUACCACCAUCCUUGAAAAAUAAUAUUGUUUUGUUUGGAAUAGUAAUAAUA